AUGGAGGAAGUGUUUGCGAGGCUAGUUGGGACUAUGGAGCAUCAGCAGCAGAUGAUCCAACAACUGCUGGAGGCCCAAACCCAAGCACAAGCGCAAGCGUUGGCAAAUCAACAAGCGCAACAGGAGAAUCAACUGAAGGCGCAGCAGGACAUGCAAACAGCGCUUCUUCAAUGUGUGUCUAGUAACGGCGAUCAGGGUAGAAACCAAGUACGUGACACCGAACGGCGUGUCGAGGGACUCUCAAUAUCAGCGUACCAUGGGCAUUUGAAUGAGAGUAUCGGGUUAUACAUCCAUCGAGUUAAGACGUUCUUUGCGGCGAAGAACUUGAAGUACGAAACCGACGAAGCGGUUGAAGCACGCUGUCUAGCGAUGGUUGUUGCGAACCUCCAAGGGGAAGCAGCUGCAUGGUGUCAAGAGCUAGCGUCGCAAGGUCAUGGGUUUACGACACUCGCGGAGUUUAAACACGGUUUGCGUGAACAGUUCGAAGCGAGUGAUCUACAAGAGCGGCUACGUGACCGUCUGUUUGCGUUGCAGCAGAAGGGGUGCAAAGACUUAGUCGAGUACAUCGAGAAGUUCCGUCGUGUUUACAGGGAUGUGCAGGAGAUGUCAGAGCUGGACAAGGUGACGUUCUUCAUUCGAGGGUUAAAAUUGAAGACCUGCGAGGAAGUGAAGUACCGUCAAAGCAAGACUUUGUCUGAAGCGAUCAAGGCGGCGUUGGAGUAUGAACGUGCGCAUUCUGUUUCACUCUCGUCGAUGAAGCGUCCCGACAAGCCGAACCGAUGGAAUCGGACGGACUAUGGAAGCGGCCAGCGCGAAGGACAUGUACCGCGUUUGGAGUCGCAAGUGUCCACAGACAUGGAAGUGGACAAUGUCAAGAUGCAAGGCAGUCGGAGGAAGGAUAGCAGCAACAUUCGCUGUUACAACUGUCAGAAGUUGGGGCAUAUCGCGACAGAAUGUCGGAAGCCCAAGAAGAAGAUAUCAAGGCAGGCACCGCCCAGCCACCAGAACAACCUCGAAGUCCAGGAGCAAGUGUCGAACGAUGAUGUUGAGCGCAUCUCGUUUGGAGUCGUCAAGGAAGUAAACGACGACAAGGGGACUGUGGGAACGGUUGUUCAAGUCGAGCCGGAAGCUGGAAAGAAGUCACCAGCGUUGAUGAUUAAGUCGGGUGUAAUGAAUGGCAAAUAUGUGAAAGUGUUGUUGGAUUCUGGAGCGACGCAUUCACUUUGUCGAGUUGGGUUGGGAACCAACGUCAUUCGCAACAAGUCAGUGCGCAUUGCUGCGUAUGACAAUGUGUGGUCACCUAUGACGAAUACGCGAGAAGUCAUGGAAACGAUCAAG